GCAAUUUUCUAUCCACAUUCAGAAAGGAAAUUGGUCUGUACGAGGAACAAGACUCUAGACACCCACAGGGUUUUGAUGGUGAUAGCAUCGAAGGAGCCGGCUACAGUCAGGAAUACAAUAAAGUGUUACAGCAUUUGUGUUCAGCACAUUCUUUCCUUUAAUCUGUUAAUUAUUCACUGUUGCAUUUGACACUUAGGCAUCUUAAUGGGUAUGUUUUAGUCAUUGCAUUCAGGGGCUAUACCCGUUAUCUAUGUAUGAGGUUCUACAUUUAGAUCUCUUGUUACUUCCUGAUUGAGUUACUGCUCAACUUGAUUCGAAAAGCCCCACAUGACAAGCGAGGGUGGGUCUAUGGCUCUAUGUUGAAACACUUUCUCACCAUACACAUAUUUAAUUGAAGACCAGAUAUUGUUACAAGGUCCAGCACUGAGAGGAGGUGAUGGGGAUUGAAAAAUUACCGUUGCUUUUUCUUAUUCAUUGCAUUUGGCUUGGAGUGUUGGGAGUUGAUACCUCGUCAUGGACUGCUGAGGUGCCCGGCUCAGUCUCCGGCCUGCAGGGCUCAUGCAUCGUGAUUCCCUGCUCAUUCAACUACCCAGAACCAAAGAUAAAGCCCUCUGAAUUCACUGGCAUCUGGUUCAAAGACACUUCUGAGGUUAUCUACCACCCAGACAGCUCCAACGUCAUCACAGACUACAGGGGUCGUACAAAGUUGGUAGGAAACCUCAGACAGAAGAACUGCUCUCUCAGAAUCGACCCCCUCCAUAGCAGUGACAAAGGACCCUUUACUUUCAGGAUUGAAAUCAAAGACUAUAACAAGGCUUCAUACAAAGAUGACAGAGUCUUCAUUACAGUGAGCGACUCUCCAGACCCCCUCUCUCUGUCAGUGAAGGAGGUGGUGAAGGUGGGGGAGGAGGUAUCUGCCUCCUGCUCUGUGUCUCACUCCUGCCCAUCUGAUCCCCCGCUCAUCACCUGGAGCCACUCUGGAACACCCAGCAUCCAAUCACAGCAGCAGACCAAGGGCCAGUGGGAAGAGACAUCAACCCUGACCUUUAGAUCCAGCAACGCUGAUAACAACCAGCCUCUAGUCUGCACAGCAGCAUACAGGGGAGGGAAGACAGUGAGCAGCUCCAAGACGCUAACUGUCAAAUAUGCCCCAGUGGAUGUGAAGGUUAAGGGAGUGUCCAGUGUGAAGGAAGGAGACUCUGUAGAGCUGAGAUGCUCCAGUGACAGUAACCCUGCUGCCAACAGCUACCAUUGGCACAACAGCAGAGGACCUCUGCCCACCACUGGACCCACACUCACACUGGAGAAUGUGACCAGACUCACUGAAGCCAUCUACUGCACUGCCAUCAAUACAGAGGGACUAGGCGAAUCCAGCCCACUGAAGCUCAACGUAGAGUACUCCCCUGAGAUCAAAGUGGACUCUGCCUGCACUUCAGACAUCUCUAUGGUAACAUGUCUGUGCAUUGUGGAUUCAGAGCCCCCCAGCACUGUGGAGUGGUCUCUUCCAGCAGGACACCUGCCCAGUACCAGGGUGGAGAUGCAUGGGUCAGUUACCGUGGUUACCCUACAGAGGGCACUAGGCUUCUCAGAGACCAUCCACUGCCAUGCCAGCAACACACAGGGCAAUGCCAGCUUGUCCUUCACUGUGUCCACAAAUGAUAAGAUGUCGAUGCUGUACGUUUCAAUUGGUAUUGCUGCAUUAGUGGUGGUGGUAAUACUAGUUCCCAUGUCAGCUUGCCUUUUGACUAAGAAGGGUGGGAGGAGUCAUAGUGACCUGCCAGUAGCCAGUAUACAGGACAUGGAUGCAGCCAAGUGUGCUUCCUCAGAUCCCUCAACAUCAAGGAAAGAGCAGAAAGACACCAGCAGUGAAAUCCUCACAAACUACUACACCAACGAUCAGCUAUAUGGCAACAUGGAGGCUGAAGAAGAUGGCGACCCAUGCGAAUGUGUUGGUGGAGACGAUGCAAUCUAUGGUAACAUUUGAACACAACAAGAAGCAUGUGGGAGUCAGCUGGCUCAGAGGCCAUUGUUCUUAGUCUGUCAAAAGCUCCAGUAAAAUAUUUACAUUUUAACCCAAUGUAGCACAGCAGCCGACUGCUUAUUUCUUAGCUUUAUUGUUAAUAUGGCUAAAGAAUAUAGUACAUUCUUAUUUGUGUUGUGGCUUGUGUUGUGGCUUUCACAAGGCUUUUGUUUGUAUCUAUGGCUUGGGUGAAUCAAAAUGAACCUGAUUUGAAUGGCUAUACAGUUAUAAUUAUUGGGAAGUGUAUAUACAGUAUAUUAUUGUUUUUGUGUUGCUCCUUUCAACUGUAAUCCACUUAUGUGUAACUGACAUUCAGGUCAGCACAGUGCUUCUGUGGUCCCCUUGAAUGUACAGAGAGAUACAGUAUAGUGUCAUUUGUCAAAACAGGCCAUAUUGAGAUAUACUGUAUGUACUUGAGAUGGAGAAUACAACGAUUGUAAAGUAAAGUACCUUGAACAUUUUCUCCAGAUCAGAUUGAAUAUGAACAUGUGUAAAUGUUCAACAACAACAGUGAUCAAAUGAAAAAUAUCUGUGUUUCAUUGCAUUUUAAUAUAGUCUGUAAUGUUUGUUUCUGAAUAUCCCAAUCUACUAGCGAGUUAUUUUUCAUCCUUUAUGUUCUUACUGGGACACGCUGAUCCACAUUGAUCUAAUGUGUGGGAAAAACAAACAUCUAUUGUUAUCAUAAAUCAACUUCAAGUACUCAAAGAAGGUAAAUGUCAAGCAGAAGUAAUUGAUAGUCACCAAUGAGCUGCUGUCUCCACUUGUCUUCCUCUUCUCAGGGGUCUUCACUGGUUAUCACAGCCACAAAGUCAUAAACCCCACCUAUAUCUACAAAUUAUCUCAUUCACAUCUGCUUUUAAACCCAACUCUAACCUUAAAUUAAAAACAAAACACAUUUUUGUUUUCAUAGAUUAUAAGGAUAUAGUCCGUUGACAUUGGGGCUGUGUUAUCUAGUUGAAACUCUUCACAGGUCGUCGUGGCCUCUGUAAAUCAACACAUCUCCUCCUGUUGGUUCAUAGAAGGUAUUACAUCAUAUGUUUACGUGAAAUGGAUUGAGGAUUGAUGAGCAAGAGAAGUAGAGGACUAAAAUGUGAACAAACUUAAUUAAUGCACUACCAGUUCUGUCUGGUCUGCUCUAGAUUCACAUCAAAGAUUAUCAUGACGAUUUUGUUGUAGAUUUGGAUCACAAUAAAUUGUGUUGCAGUAAAAGCCCAUCUAGAGAAUCUAUCCCAAAGUGAUCCCCUAUAAAGUUAUUUUUCUCUGAGUACAAACAGUCUAAACCAUCUACCAUAUAAAUGAUACACAAGGGGAAUGUUGCUUAUUUUUUAUUUUACAAUACAUUCUGGAACUUUGAGGGUUUAUGACACAGCCCCACUAGGAUCUCUAUGGCGACUCUGAUCCAACCAUUAAUACAUACAUUGCUAUGCUAAGUUCAAUAUGUAGCUAGAUGUAGAAGGCAAAUGUUAACUAGGUAACGUGUCCCAUGAAUGGAAGUUAGGCCAGCAAGCAAGCAUUUUAGCCAGGUAGCCUAGGACAACAAAAUAAAGUGUGUACUGUAUGACAGAGUGAUAGAUUGUUUCGUCAACAUGAAAGAGAG